CAUUUUGUAAUGUCAACAUGGCGAAUCGUGGUAUUUCAGCCGGCAUCGUCCGCUUGUUUUUGAAGCCCAUACGUUGUCUGCAGUCUUUUAAAACACACAUUAAGUGUAAUGGAAAAUCGGUAGAUUAUUAUCUGUAGCGUUAUCUGGAUGUGUAAUUUGAAGGGGAAUUGCAAGUGAAAUUAGUACGUUGAUAUGUGAAUGUCUGUAAACGGUUCGUUUAUUUUUAGUUCUUGCCUCAGCCAUACAGACGCUGUCAUGAAGCGCCACGCAUUCCUUAGCCGGGCUAAACACAGACAAGCGAAUAAAAAACACCAACACAAGAGAGUUCCAACGGCCCAGUGAAGAAGUCCAUGCGGGAGAAGGCGGUGGAGAGACGUAAUGUCAACAAGGAGCACAACAGCAACUUCAAGGCGGGCUAUGUCCCCAUCGAGGAGGAGCGGCUCCACAAGACGGGACUGAGAGGACGCAAGGGGAACAUGGCGGUCUGCAUUAUCGUUCUCCUCUUCCUCCUCGCCCUCAUCAACCUCAUUAUCACGCUGGUAAUUUGGACGGUGAUUCGGAUUGGUCCGAACGGCUGUGAAAGCAUGGAGUUCCACGAGAGCGGGCUUCUGCGCUUCAAGCAGAAGGCAGACAUGGGAACCGUUUUCCCCCUGCACAAGAGCACCGUGGGUGGGCGCAAGGACCAGGAUCUGGUGCUCACCGGCAACAACAACCCGGUGGUGUUCCAACAGGGCACCACCAAGCUGAGCGUGGAGGAGGACAAGACAUCGGUGGUCAGUGACGUGGGGAUCUCUUUCACGGACCCCCGCACCCAGACCACCUUCUUCAGCACUGACUUCGAGAACCACGAGUUUCACCUGCCCAAGGGCGUCAAGGUGCUGCGUGUGAAGAAAGCCUCCACAGAGCGGAUCACCAGCAACGCCUCGUCGGAUCUGAACAUCAAGAGCGAGGGCAAGGCUAUCGUCCGCGGCAACGAGGGCGUCCACAUCAUGGGUCGCACCGUGGAGUUCAAAAGCGGGGGAAACAUCGAGCUCCGAGCUGAGAACAGCAUCGUGCUGAACGGCUCCCUGAUGUUCAACACCUCGCGCAUCCCCCACUCUGCGGGUGACGUCUUCUUCGACGAGGGCAUGGAGCGCUACAAGCUGUGCAUGUGUGCAGACGGCACCCUGUUCCGCCUCCAGGUCAAAUACUCCAACAUGGGCUGCCAGACCUCCGACAACCCCUGCGGCCACUAGGCAAAAACCAAUCACUACCGUCGUCGGGUUAGAAAACCCACUUUUAAGAACGGCCCGAUGAGUUUAAUUCCACCAAAAAAGGUUCAAUAAUUUGCCGUACUGCUGUAUGACAAAUUACCCAUUAGAACCCGCCCACUGAACUGUCCAAUAAGAACCACCUUACUAAGCCCCGUCCAGUAAGAACUGCUCAAUAAGACCUGCCCACAAGGAACAGCCCAUUACGAAACCAGCCCGAGAAGUUAAAUCCAAUAAGAACUAUCCUACCACGGAGUACCGCUGUACUAUGAACUGCCCAUUAAUACUCGCUCUGCUGAGGACUGUUCAUUAAGAACUGGUGUUCCACAGGAGCUGUGGUACGCUCCGAACCUCAUCACCAAGUUCCGUCCGACCACACCAGCCCAGAAAGGCCCCGCCCGUUG